UCUUUUGAAAUUAUUAUUUUUCAGAAGUAGGAUGAAAAUUGGCAGGGUUUGUGGAUUUGGUCGAGGAAAUCUAUUCUUGAAUUCAGUUGACCACCUGACUAUUACACAAUUUUGAAAUAUGUAAAAUUGAGGUCUGGUGAUCUGCUAAUCAACAUAAUUUUUUUCAUUUAUUUUUAACUAAUUUUAAUAAGAAUUGUUUCAACAGUAUGGCCAACGAGUUCUUGGAGCAUAGGACGAAAAAAAAAUUCAAGAGUAAGAAAUUAAACUGACAGAUGUCACCAUACUGUCACUAGUGUCACUUUGACAUUUUCUGUUUUAACCUUGGUAUGCCUUAGAUUUUGAGUUUCAUUUUUCCUUCGCAAAAAUACCGAAUUUUGUGAGUUUGGCUCAGCCGUGAUUCAAAAAUUCAUUGCCUAAAUCGAAGCCGUUGUUAACACAUGUUGUUGAGUCCAUGGCGUAUUUGUUUAUGUGUUCUCUUGAUUGUUUUCGUGAAUUUAUGGAGUAAUUGACUAAUUUAUGGAAUGAUAACGUUAAAAUCACAUAUGAGCGACUUAUUCAAACCUAACAAGUAAUAUUGGAUUGAAUAGUAUAGAUUGAAUUUUUGAAAUGUUAAAAUGUCUCGAACAAACUUAAAAAAUAGGAUUUAUCAUGCUGCCAAGGAUGAUAUGUCAAUUGCACUAUAUUCUCUUCUUAGUAGUAAAGAAGCUGAAAACUUAGUGAAUGAGAAAAUAACAACUGAAGAUCAUCAGAAAGUAACACCAUUAAUGGUAGCCGCCUUGAAUGGUUCAAAAAAUGUCAUACGAAUGUUGUUAGAAAACUUCAAUCCAGAUCUUGAGAUAGAGGGCACAGUGAAAUUUGAAGGAUAUGUUAUUGAAGGGGCUAGUGCUUUAUGGUGUGCAUCAUGUGCAGGUUACCUGAAGGCAGUGAAAAUUCUAGUUUCAGCUGGAGCUGAUGUGAAUCAUCCAACUAAAACUAAGUCAACACCCCUAAGGGCAGCUUGUUUUGAUGGACGAUUAGAUAUCGUCAAAUAUUUGGUUAUGCAUAAAGCAGACUUUAACAUAGCAAAUAAAUAUAACAAUACAUGUUUAAUGAUAGCUGCAUAUAAAGGACAUGUUGAUGUGGUGAAAUUUUUAUUAGAACAAGGUUCUGAUCCAAAUGAGAAAGCUCUGUGUGGUGCAACAGCCCUCCACUUUGCUGCCGAAUGUGGUUUCGUUGAAGUUGUUAAAGAACUGUUGAAAUAUGGAGCUACAUUUUCUGCUAAUGACGCUUGUAUGACACCCCUUAAAGCUGCUGCCGAGAGGACGAGGGAAGGUGUGGUAAAAUAUUUGAUAAAUCAAUCUUUUAUAAGUUUGGAAGAACAGAUAGAAGCUUUGGAGUUACUUGGAGCGUCAAUUGCUAAUGAUAAGGAAAGUUACAAUAUCCAAAAGGCAUAUCAGUACAUGCAUAUGUCCAUGAGAUUAAGAUAUUCAGAUCCCUUAAAACCAAUAAAAAAAAAGCUCAUACCUCCCAUACCAGCCUAUGAGAAUUGGGUUGAAUGCCAAACUCUGAAUGAGCUGGAAUCGAUACGGGGUAAUACAAAUGCUCUACACAUGGAAGCAUUAACAAUUCGCGAAAGAAUUUUGGGUGUAAACAGCCCUGAACUUCCUCAUCCUGUGAUAUUUCGAGGUGCUGUGUUCGCUGACGAUGCACGUUUCGAUAGAUGUCUUGAACUGUGGAUGCAUGCUCUCUAUUUGAAACAGAAAAAUUAUAUAUCAGUACCCAAAGAUCUUUUGAGGUUUGCCCAAGUCUUCUCCCAAAUGUUGCAUGUGGGAGUCAGGGUGAAUCAUAGUACUGUUGUUCGAAUUUUGUCAUCUGCAAUCACAGAGUUAGAAAGGAACAGAGAGAAAAUGAUUCAUCCGGGUCCGAAAGAUGAUCCAGACACUGUUUUGGAAGAAAUUGACAGCAAUUUGACGACAACUUUGUAUCUUUUGAACAUACUCACAAAGCUAAUGAAACAGUGUAGUGAAGAGGAAAUAUUCAACAUAAAGAGGAUGGUAUUUACAUUGAAUCAACUGGGCAUGAUAAAUAAGGAUGGUCAAACAUUGUUGCAUUUGGCGUGUAAUUCAGAAACCCCUGUAGAUGAUUUUCACACAAUCAACAUUUGUCAGUUUCCUUGUGCAGAAACAACCAAUCUCCUGAUAAGUUGUGGUGCUGAUGUUAACGCUAUGGAUUCCCAUAGGAACACACCCCUCCAUAUUAUUGUGAACUAUCCUAGGCCAAUUUCAGAUUUUCAUACUUUGAAUUCUAUUAUAACAUAUCUCACAUCGGCUGGAGCGCACAUGGAUUGCGUUAAUGAAAACGGCGACACCCCAUUGGAAUCUGCUGCUACAGGUAAUUAUUUUCCAGGCGUUGCGGAAAUUAUACUCCAAGGACAAAUGAAGUUGAAUUUGAAAUGCUUAGCAGCCAAUGCCGUAAAGAGACACAAACUCAAAUAUAAAGGUGUAGUGCCAAAAUUACUUGAAUCGUUUGUUGAUCUCCAUGGACCCAUACAUUGAAAAAAAGCUAGUCUGUGUUAUCGUACCUUUAUUGAAUUUGUAGCUUUAGUUGAAUGACUGUGUUAUUAAGAAUCAAAUUUUUUCAAUUGAGAUAUUUUUUGUUGAAUUUUAUUGAUACUCUUCAAAAUUGAAGAUUAAUUACGUGUUGAAGUCAAAUAUACCAGUAUAAAUUCUUUACUCAAUUUUCUUCAAUUGAAUCAAUUGGAACCUAAACUUACUGGGAGGAAACAAAUGGAUUCCUUCAGCUUAUCAAUAGUUGCUUCCACAUAUAUAUCUGUGUUAUAAGUCUCUUUUUGGAAGUCUGAGAUUCAUUAUAAAAUACAGUAUCAGAAAAAAAAUGGUAAAUUACGUUUUACUAAUGAUUUUUUAUGGGUUUUUAUUUCAGUACUUGGUAUCUUCAACAACUGAAAAGUUGAUUUGAUAUCUGGUUUAGUAUAUGUAUAUAAUAUGACUGACUGUUAUUUAUAUAAUAUAUGUUUUUUUUU